AUGGCUCCUUUUGUUAGCCGUGGUGGUCCUCGCGGUGGUGGUCGCGGCGGCGGUCCCCCUCGUGGUGGUAGCCGUGGAGGCUUCGGCGGUGGUGGCUUCGGCGGUGGUGGUCGCGGCGGUGCUCCUGGUGGCCGUGGUGGUUUCGGCGGUGGUCGAGGUGGUGGCCGCGGUGGUGCCCGUGGAAGCUUCGGCGGUGGUGGUCGCGGCGGUCCCCCCGGUGGUCGUGGCGGUCGCGGUGGUCGUGGCGGUGCCCGUGGUGGUGCUGGUGGCAUGAAGGGCGGUUCCAAGGUCAUCGUUUCGAGUGAGGCUGUCGCAGAACCCCAUCGUCACCCCGGUGUCUUUGUCGUUCGUGGCGGCAAGGAAGAUGGUAUUGCUACCCGCAACCUGACCCCCGGCGAGUCUGUCUAUGGCGAGAAGCGCAUCUCGGUCGACGAGUCUGUUCAGAACGACGACGGUACCACCACAACCACCAAGGUUGAGUACCGCAUGUGGAACCCAUUCCGCAGUAAGCUGUGUGCUGCCAUCGCUGGCGGUGCCGACGACAUCUACAUGAAGCCCGGCUCCCGUGUGCUCUACAUUGGUGGUGCUUCCGGUACCUCGGUCUCCCACGUCGCCGAUGUCGUUGGCCCUACCGGUUACGUCUAUGCCGUCGAGUUCUCCUCCCGUUCUGGCCGCGAUCUCAUUGCCAUGGCCUCCAAGCGCCCCAACGUCGUUCCCAUUGUCGAGGAUGCCCGCCAGCCCGCUCGUUACCGCAUGAUCGUCCCCAUGGUGGACGUCAUCUUCGCCGAUGUUGCGCAGCCUGAUCAGGCCCGUAUCGUUGCCAUGAAUGCCAACUGGUUCCUCAAGGUUGGUGGUGGUGUUCUUAUCUCCAUCAAGGCCAACUGUAUCGAUUCCACUGCCCCCGCCGCUGAGGUUUUCGCCGCUGAGGUCCAGAAGAUGCGCGCAGAGGCCAUCAAGCCCAAGUUCCAGCUCACUCUCGAACCUUUCGAGCGUGACCACUGCCUGGUUGCCGGCGAGUAUACCCGUGUCAAGAACUAA